GGUCUGUGGUCAUUCAGGAAUCUGGAUGUAGACUUUUCCCAGGAGGAGUGGAACUGUCUGGAUUCUGUGUGGAGAUCUUUGUACAUGGAUGUGAUAUUGGAGAAUUACAAAAAUCUUGUCUUUGCAGUCAUCAGAUAAUUCAUAUAGGAAAGAAACCUUACAAAUGCAGCAAAUCUGGUGAAUGCUCUAGCCAGCCCACAAACCUAAAAAGCAAUUGGAGAAUGCAUAGAGGAGAGAACUCUUACAAAUGUAGGGGAUAUGAGAAAUCCUUUACAUGUGCAUCAAAUCUCAAAAGAGAUCAGAGAUUUCAUACAGGAGAGAAACCCUUUAAAUGUAAUGAAUGUGCAAAAUCUUUUACGUCUGUCUCACAUCUUAGCAGACAUCAGAGAAGCCACACAAGAGAGAACCCUUACAAAUGUGAUAAAUGUGGAAAAUAUUUUAAAUAUAGCUCAACUUUUAGAAAUCAUCAGAGAAUUCAUACAGGAGAGAAGACUUACAAAUGUGAUAAAUGUGAUAAAAAUUUUAAGACCAAAAUCCUUUCAUGUGUCUCAACUUUACACAAUCAUCAAAGAAUUCAUACAGGAGAAAAACCAUACAAUUGUACUGAAUGUGAGAAAUCCUUUAGAUAUUGCUCACAUCUUAAAAGACAUCAGAUAAUUCAUACAGGAGAGAAUCCUUACAAAUGUGGUGAAUGUGGAAAGUCCUUUACAUGCAGCACAUAUCUGGGACCACAUCAGAAAUCUCAUUCAAGAGAGAAAGCUUACAAAUGUCAUGAAUGUAAGAAAUCAUUUAGGUAUAGCUCAAACCUUAGAAAUAAUCAGAAAAUUUAUACAUGUUCACAUGUCGAUAUACUUGCAAACUUAGCCUCCAAUAUAAUCCUGCUGAUUAGGCUGCAAGUGAUUACAAG